GAAGGAGGAUGGCGGAGCUUUGUACAUUCACAAGCGACACUUCUUAUGACCAUGGCCCCGUGGUCGAGAACUGGCCAGCUUGCCCUUUUCUCUUCAUCUCUCCAACUUGGCCCUCGCCAAUAUGACCUCGUCGCCGCUUGCCAUGUCUGAUUCUGCUUUCUCUGACCUCCCCCUCGCCGUACGCUUCGAUAAUGAGUGUGUUCUUAUACCAGAUCCACCUCCACAGUCGCGCCUGCCGCGCAUGGUCAAAAGAUCAUAUUCACUUCCACUUUGGAAGAGACGGUCAUCAAGCAAAGGUCCGAUAGAGGUAGACGUUGAGAAACCUCCAGCCGACGGUGCAGAGGACAAUCAUCUCCACUUCACUGUGUCGGUGCCAAGCUUCUUGAAUAAAGCACGGUCACCUACACGCGGUGAACAUCCUCACCAACCUCUGGUUCCGUGCAUAAUCAACCAUGACCAUCCUCCAACUCCCCGUCGUUGCAGACGACCGUCAUUAUCUCUUCCCCCGCGCACGGACGUGUUAACAAUUCCAUUACGGGCAUGUUGCCAAGACUGUUAUCCCAUCACCGAAGAGUCCCUCAAGGAAGGGUCAGAAUGGCAGGAGAAAUUCACCCACGGAGCGCGUCGGCGACGAAACUCAAGUGGUGACGCUUACAAUCAUACUCAUGUUCGCGCCCACCGUAAAGUUUCGGAUGAUACACCCGGUUUUGAUUCCGUACUCCAAGUAGACGAAGUGGAGAAACUACGCAAGAGCAAAGCUUCGCGCACCGCGGAACCAAGCACGAGCCCCACCCAUGAUGACGAUGGAUCGCUCUUACCAUCGCUCACGCGACGCGUUGUCGUUAGGGCUACAGAUAUCACGCCACCUGCGAAGGCGGUCGCUUGCUCCCCACCUAUUGAAGAAGAGGACGAAGACCAAUUAUUCCCGUUACCUAACGGUCCGCGUCGCACUCCUAUUCCCUCACCCAACCCGUCUACGAUAGAUCUCAUUCAAGAUGCAAACGAAAUGUCUAAUCUUCUAGAUAAACUGGACGUGAGAGGUCGCGAUGAGACAGAUGUAACCUCGGACUCUUCACCGAUCCUCGAUCUUUCCUCGUCCUCAUCCUCAUCAUACUUCUCAAAUUUUCCCGAAACGACUUUGCAUACGCCAUCCACAAGCCACAACUUGACUUCCUCAUCAUUCAAGGAGAACAUACCAUUAUCAGCGUCCCCACCGUCUACACCGGAUCUCCAUCGCGUGACCUCAUCCGAACGUUCACCUAAUCAGAGUUGGAGGCGACCGACUAUCCACCUUCCAGGUGCUAGCUCCAUAUUCAGGGCGAGUGCAGAUGCACUUCGAGGGGUUAGCUUUACGCCCGUUCGUUCAUGUACCACAUAACAACACUGCCAGUGUACACGUGCUUUUAAUUCUCGUUCUCACCCAUUCUCCCGUUUCGAUUACAUGUUCAAUGUACCAAUACUGCUUGCACACGCCUUCCUUUCCAUUCUAUCAGCGCUCUGUCUUUGCAGAGUUCUUGUAAGAUUGCAAAAGCCCACAAAUGUACAAUAGCAUUGCCGGCCUUGCCAUAACCUCAGACACUCUGGUGA